AUGAACAGGAAAUUUGGAGCAGGGAAGCCGCCAACCGGCACACCUUCACUAGCCUGGUCAUGCGUCGUUGUCAUCGCUUCCCUUCUCUCCGGCGCCUCCAUCGUGCACAAUAUCUACAAACCUGAUCUCGUAAGUCCCCACUCACCUUGCGUUCCUCCUCUGCUUCGGGAAAUACUUGCUCACCACCUGUUCGAUAAAAUGCUCGUCUGA